GGAGAUUCUGGACUGUCUUUACUAGGUAAGAGAUUAAUUACUUGAAAGAGAGGAAAUUUUUUGACAACCGAAGACAUCUAUCCUGGCCAGAACAGAAGCUCCUAUAAAACCCCCUAUUCCAAGCCCUUCACAAGUCACAUCUCCAUUCUCUUUUCUGGUCUCUCUCAAAAAGUUUCUUUGCCUUUUUCUGUGCUUUAGCCAUGGCAAGAAUGACUAGGGGUCGCCAAAGGAUUCAAAUGGCCAAGAUGGACAACGAGAGCAACCUUCAAGUUACCUUCUCGAAGCGUCGAUCUGGCCUUUUCAAGAAGGCAAGCGAGCUCAGCACUCUCUGUGGUGCAGAUGUUGCGCUGAUUGUCUUCUCACCAGGCGAGAAGGCCUUCUCCUUUGGUCACCCUAACGUCGACACUGUGCUUGAUCGCUUCCUCAAUGGCAAUGAACUGCCCCAGCAGACCCCAGGCACGGCGCAGCUCAUCGAGGCUCAUCGCAACGCCACUAUUUGCGAGCUCAACAUGCAGCUGACCGACGUGCUUGGCCAACUUGAAAUGGAGAAGAAGCGUGGCGAGGAGCUCAAGAAGUCGCUGAGGGCUAACCAGGAAAAGCAUUGGUGGGAGAAACCAAUCGAUGAGCUGAGCGUGCCCCAGCUUGAGCAGUUGAGGGUCUCGCUUUUUGAGCUCCGGAAGAAUGUUGGCAAGGAGACGGAGCAGAUGGUGAUCCAGGCAACCAACGGUCAGCCGUUCUUUGGAGCGAGCUCAAGCCAUGGACCGGCUAUUCCUUUCCAAGCGCAGAAUGGAAUCAGUGCCCCGGUGAUGCCGCCCAACCCUCUUCCAUACAACUUUGGAUAUGGAUCCGGAUAUUUUUAGGCUCUCUACAGGCUCUAUGGAUAUAUGAUUAUAUGCUUAUUUUGUUAUGUAAUAUGAAGUUAUUUAUGUUUCUGAACUUUUAUCUGCGCAUGUGAUUGUAUGCGUGAAGUCAUUUCGCGUAUGCAUCCAAAAACAAGAAGUUAAAGGG